AUGAAACUUCCAACCUUUCUUUUUGUGGUGGGGUGCUGUUGCGCCCUUUCAAUUGGUGCAGAAGAAGAGAGUUCCAGUGGAGAUUUCAUUCUAGAUUCAAUUGAAGAAGCAAAGAAAAUAGUAGAUGCUGCUUACAAGUAUUCUCGUGAUGAGAGUUUAGCAAGGGUGCGCAGAGAUGUCAUCAAGCCUUCUGACAAGCUACGUCUGCUGAAACAGCCAGCUCGAAAGACACGAGAGGCUGUGAGAGCCGCAGACUACAUGGCGCAAACGCUCAGACUGAUCAGUGAGAAAGCCCAUCAUGUACACAAGAGGUCCAUCAAUGCUACAAAUCUGCUCACUCUGGAUGAGCUUAACACGAUUAAACGUCUGACAGGCUGUGCGGCUCAAACCCGGCCCCCUUCUUGUAGGACCACACCCCUCAUAAACAAGUACCGAACUGCCACAAAUAUCUGCAACAACAGGAGGAACCCACUUCUUGGUGCAUCCAACACCCCAUUUGCCCGCUGGUUGCCUGCUGUCUAUGAGGAUGACAUCUCCCAGCCCAAAGGGUGGGAUCCCAACAGAUUGUACAAUGGUGCAGCGCUGCCCUUGGUCAGACUGGUUUCCAAUCGUAUUCUAAGCACUGCAGAUGCUGACAUAGAGAGUGAUCGUGACUUUACCUUCAUGCUUACCAUCUUUGGGCAAUGGGUUGACCACGAUCUGACUUUUACGCCCACCUCACCAAGCAUUAGGUCCUUCAGCAGUGGCCUCAACUGUGAUGAGAGCUGUGAGCGCUCUGAACCCUGCUUCCCUAUUCCGGCCCCUCCAGGAGAUCAACGCCUGCGUCCUGACACCUGUCUCCCUUUCUUCCGUUCAUCACCUGCCUGUGGUUCUGGAAACACUGCCUAUCUCUUUGGUGGAGUCCCCAAAGUUCGGGAACAGAUCAAUGCUCUAACAGCUUACCUAGAUGCUGGACAGGUUUACGGGGCAGAGGAUGGGCUAGCACUGGAACUACGAGACCUGACCAAUGAUGGUGGUCUUCUACGUGUCAACAAUCAGUUCCUGGACAAUGGACGAGAGCACCUGCCCUUUACCAGUGUAAAAAGCAACAUGUGUGCCACGCGUGGGAAAACCCUCAAUGACACCACCUUAACAGAGGUGCCUUGCUUCAUUGCAGGGGAUGUUCGUGUUGUUGAGAACAUUGCUCUUACCUCAUUACACGCACUUUUCUUGAGAGAGCACAAUAGACUGGCUCGUGCCCUCCAUGUACUCAAUCCAACAUGGAGUAGUGAAACCCUCUAUCAAGAGGCAAGAAAAAUUGUGGGUGCCUACAACCAGAUCUUGGUGAUUAAGGAAUACUUGCCAUUAAUUGUGGGCCCUGAUGCUUACAAUAAACACCUUGGACAAUAUUCAGGUUACAAUGAAAAUGUGGACCCUACCAUUGCAAACGUCUUUGCCACUGCAGCUUUCCGUUUUGCCCACCUAGCCAUCCAACCCAUCAUAUUUCGUCUUGAUGAAAAUUACCAGACCCAUACUCAAUUUCCAAACGUGCCCCUAUUUGAGACCUUCUUCUCACCAUGGAGGGUGAUCUUCGAAGGGGGCAUCGAUCCUCUGCUCCGUGGAUUGAUUGGUCGGCCGGCAAAAUUGAAUACGCAGGACCACAUGAUGGUAAAUGCUCUCAGAGAGAAACUAUUUGCCUUUACAGCCCACAUUGCUUUGGACUUGGCAUCCCUCAACAUGCAAAGAAGUCGUGACCAUGCAAUACCAGGCUAUAAUGCAUGGCGUCGGUUCUGUGGACUGUCCUCCCCUCAAAAUGAGCAAGAAUUGGCUGUGGUGAUGAACAACACUGAAUUGGCUCACAGGCUGAUUGAGCUUUAUGGCACCCCUGAAAACAUUGACAUUUGGUUGGGAGGCGUCGCUGAGCCUUUUGUUCCUGGUGGUCGUGUUGGUGCUCUUUUUGCCUGCCUUAUCUCUACACAGUUCCAGCACAUUCGUGAGGGAGACAGGUUAUGGUGGGAGAACAAAGGAGCGUUUACCACCCAGCAAAAAGCAUCACUGGCCUCUGUGUCGCUCGCCCGCAUCAUCUGCGACAACACUGGAAUCAGCAGAGUUCCCAAUGACCCUUUCCGCUUCACCAGUUCUGCCAAUUUCGUUAACUGUGGGGAUAUUCCAGCCUUAGACCUCAACCCUUGGACUGAAACUGAUACAGAGUCCUUCCAAGGACCUCGAGGGGAACCUGGUGUAGCAGGCCCGCCUGGACCCCCAGGACCUCCAGGACCACCAGGACCUGCUUCUGUUGGCACCACCCUUCCUGUCUCUGCUAAAGUGAUUGUGUUCAGUUGGGUCCUUUGUUUUUUUAUUCAGAGCAUCACAUCAGUGGAAUUCUAUACCACAAUCAAUUAGAGAAUGCAUUUCAUUUGACUCAUUUAAGUUUAAUUUUAGGAAAUCUUUUCUUUAUAAUCAACAAUGUGAACAUUGAUGUUGCUCCCUUUAUUAGGGACCGUUAGUCCGAUUUUCACCAAAUUCGAGUCAGAUCACCUUCACCAUGCCGGCAAAAAAAUAUGGAUUUCAUGUUGAUAGACAAAACUGUUUUUGUAUAGCGCAGCAACAUAUUUUAGGCAUGAUGCCAAUUUGCCUAAAAUCAUCUUAAAAUGUUGUUACUUGCUUGUUGCAGCUGGUCUGAUGCUCCCAGCCAUGUUGGCAUGGCUUAUCAUGCACUUUGUGCUUGGCCACGAUAACUGCUGCUUGCAGCAAUAUUUAUUAUUAUUUAACCCAUAACAACACUUUGUCUUCUUACUGCUCUUCUGUCUUUUGGAACAUGGAACUCUCUCGAAAACCUUUACUACAUUUUUACUAUUACAGCUGUCAAGAUUAACUAAUUGUAAAAAGUGUUUAUAGAAUUAUAUUUAGAUCUCCCGUCGCAUCAAAGUGUGCAGCGAUGAGUAUUGUAGCCGAAGACAAACAUGAAUGCAGUGAUCUUGUCAUUGCCACUCGAUUUCUGUUCUGUUUUGUCUUUUUUAUAUUUAUAUAUAUAUAUUGUCUUUUUGUAUAACACGUUAUCUAACUGUAUUUUACAGAGUUGUUUAGAAUUUCUAGUUGUAUUAUUAUUGUUCUUUUUAGUAAAGGGACUACCAAUGAAAACUAGCCUUCGUGUACAUUUACUUUCAUGAAUGUUUACUAAUGUACACUGUCCCUUUUUGAAAUGAAAAUAAAUUAUCAAAUAUCAAA